UGGCAUCCCUUUCUGCCCUCCCGGAACACAUAAACGCCCCGCCCCCUCCUGCUUCCUCUACGCUGCUGCAGUAAAGUUGGCCGCGCCUGCGCACUCUCGGUCCUCUUUUUCUUGGAAGCGCCCCGACCCAUCGCACCAUGGCAGAUCCCGAUCUUGACUUCCAGACUGGCGAGUCUGGUGCCUCCGCCACCUACCCCAUGCAGUGCUCCGCCCUGCGCAAGAACGGCUACGUGGUGCUGAAGGGACGUCCCUGCAAAAUCGUGGAGAUGUCCACCUCCAAGACCGGCAAGCACGGACAUGCCAAGGUCAACCUGGUCGGCAUCGAUAUCUUCACCAACAAGAAGUAUGAAGAUAUGUGCCCCUCCACCCACAACAUGGAUGUUCCCUCCAUCAAGAGGAUAGACUAUCAGCUGGUCAACAUCAACGAGGGCUACAUGUCCUUGAUGAGCGACAACGGAGACAUCAGAGAGGACCUCCGCGUCCCUGACAACGACGUUGGCAGGGAAAUCGAGACAAAGUUCGAGGCGGGCGACGAAUUUAUGGUCACCGUGAUUUCUGCCAUGGGGGAGGAAUGUGCUGUCGCUACCAAGGUCCUGGCCAGCAAAUAGGGAGACGACGGACUUUGCUGCCCGGGCAACAAGCACCACCCACAACCAGUCUCUUUGCAUUGUCAUUGGUUCUGUCACCAAAGCGUCGGCCUUCACAGACAACCUCAAAUCAUUCUGUUGUGAUUUCUCUCAUCAUUGAUCUUUUUAUUUUCCUCCUCCCUCCCCCCCGUCCCCACCCCGUUUUCUUUUUAAUUUCUUUUCUCUGUUCCAUUUGCUGUUGGGAAUGUUCCACUGCAGCUCGCUGCGUGGUCCUCUGCCUGAUCACUGAGGUUCUGUUUGGUAACAAUCUACUUUAUAUAAAAACGACUUCAAAAAAACACACACAUAGCGAUCGGUUGCUCAUUCCUGCUUAUUUUGCCUUCAAAGUGUUGGUUUUGCCACUCACAUUCCUGAAUGUUGAAAUAACACCGGGGAUUCAGCUUUUGUAUGAUUAUUUUUUAUAUUCUUUAGAUUGAAUAUAGCAGGUCUAAAGCCUUUUAGAGGGGAAGGGGAGCGGGGAGGGGAGUUUUUGAGUUGUUAAAGCAGCGGGAGGGGGAGGGUUCAUCCCCUGCAGAUAGUGAAUCUGGUUUAGGUCGGCCCUCUAGCAGCCAUACAGCUUUCCGGCAUGGCCUUUCCUCUGGUUCCCGAGUGGAUUUCUGGGUGCGACGAGGUCCGUGGGAUUGGUGGUGGCGUCGGCUAGCACUUACGAGCACUUGAGGUCCACCCCAGCAUGUCAAAGCUCUAAAAACCCAAGAAAAGAGAUUUUGUUUUUUUUUUUCUUUUUUUCUACCCCCCACCCCCACCACUUUGCCCCCCAAUUUUCAAGAAGAACAGAAACAAACUUCAGUGAUUUAACCCUCGUGAUGCCAGUCUCUUGUCUGUGUAGAAGUUGGAGGGGCGUCGAGGGUCCUCUCGCCCCGCUGGACGCCCCCGGCCGUCAUCCCCCAAAACAAAAAGGAGAGUUGUGUUUCGUUUUUUCGAGAGAGAGAGAGAGUGUGUAGCGGUGUGGGCCUCCGAAAUGCGCGAGGCGGUUUGCAGUGAGGUGUGUGUUUUCUUUUCGAGGGACUCGAUCGGGUUGGGGAGGGUGGUAGAGUUGCAAACUUUUUUGUUCACUCGAGGCCUUUGUCACCUGACUGGAGAUGGCAAAAUAAAACGAUGAAACAAAUGGACAAAAAUUGCAAA